AUGAGUAAACCAUAUACUAUUGUUAUUAAGUUGGGUUCAUCAUCCCUUGUGGAUGCAACCACUAAGGAGCCCAAGCUUUCCUUGAUGUCAUUAAUAGUCGAGACUGUGGUAGCUCUAAGGAGGAUUGGUCAUCGUGUCAUUAUUGUAUCCAGUGGUGGUAUUGCCGUAGGUCUCAAGACUUUAGGCCUCGAUAAAAGACCCAAAAGGUUGCCUGAAAUUCAAGCGGUUGCCGCUGUAGGACAAGGUAGACUUAUUGGUCGUUGGGAUAAGCUGUUCUCCUAUUUUGAUCAAAGAAUUGCUCAAGUUCUCUUGACCAGAAAUGAUAUAGCUGAGUGGUCUCAAUAUAAGAAUGCUAAGAACACUUUACAAGAACUUCUUAAUAUGGGUGUUAUCCCCGUGGUUAACGAAAAUGAUACAUUAGCGGUGUCUGAAAUUCAUUUUGGUGAUAACGACAGUUUAUCGGCAAUUACGGCUGCCCUUACCGGUGCAGACUACUUAUUCUUGCUUACGGAUGUGGAUUGUCUAUUUACUGAUAAUCCUAGGACUAAUCCAGAUGCUAAACCAAUCUUGGUGGUCCCCAAUAUGGAUCAAGGAUUACCUGGUGUUAGUACUGCUAGUGGGACAGGUUCUGAUGUGGGAACUGGUGGAAUGCAGACCAAAUUAGUGGCGGCUGAAUUGGCCACUAAUGCUGGUGUGCACACAAUUAUAAUGAACAGUGAAUCACCAUCAAGUAUUUUUAAAAUCGUACAAUACAUCCAAACUACGGAGGGUAAAACAUAUGAAGGUGACUUGAUGGAUUUACAAAUCAAAGAAUUGGAAACUCUGAAUCAAUUAAGUGUUCCUCUGCACACAAAAUUCAUUGCCAGUGCUGAUAGACAACAUUUGAAAAACAGGGAAUUCUGGAUGUUACAUGGGUUAGUGACUAAAGGCUCUGUUAUAAUUGAUGACGGUGCAUAUGCAGCAUUGACACGUAAAGAGAAAGCAGGACUAUUACCCGCUGGUGUGGUAGAUGUGGAGGGGAAUUUCCAACAGCUGGAAUGUGUAGACCUGAAGUUAGGCCACAGGUUAACCAAUGGUGAAUGGAAUAAGGACUUACCAACAACGACUGUUGGUAGGGCCAGGUGUAACUACAAAGCUACUGAAAUCGCUAAGAUUAGAGGUAUGAAGAGUGACCGCAUAGAGGAAGUUCUUGGAUACUCAGAUAGUGAAUAUGUGGCCCAUAGACAUAAUUUGGCAUUCCCACCACAUUAG